CGAGUUCAUCUAAUCGCUCUGUCAAAGUGUAUCAGCUGCUCUUUAUUGGUCUCUCUCUGUGUUUCUCGUUGCAGAUCAUGUCUAGGAAAGCGUCCCAAGCAAAGCCAUCAUCGCCCUGGUCUCUCACUUCACGACCACUCUCGUCGGGGCCCGAGCGGCCAAGCCCGCGCCGUGGAUCGAACCCUCCCGUCUCACCUCUCUCCGUGGACAGCUUCAAGUCGGCCGAGGCAUCGCCCAUCUUAUCUGAGCGGUCUUUGACACCGAUUAUCAAGAGUCCCGCAACUGCCAAGGACGGCACCGCCAGUAACUUCCUCGCCCUUAUCGGACCUGUAGCAUCUCCAAUUACUCCCCGGAAUACGGUACAACAUGAUUAUUCCGCCGUAGGGUCAGUUGAGGGUGGCACUACCGAUGAUAGUUCAGAGCCUGUUCUCCCUAUGACGCCAAAGUCUCAGGGUGCAAGAAGUCCAGCCACUGACACUGCACCUCUCACAACCGAGGAGGCCCCGUUUGAGAAGGAUCCCACCGUCAGAAGGGAUCUUGAGGUCGUUGAUGAGCUGUUGGGGACGAUGAGGCAGAUGCUGGGCACCCUCAGCUCAACGGUUGACACGCUCGGGGAGCAGACUAUCAAGGUGGCUACGCUUCCGGCUGCAAUGGCCGCUGUUCAUCAGAUUGCAUCCGCAAAGGAUCAGCUUGAUGCUCACCAGAAACAGCAAGAGGAAAACAUGAUGGCAUUCAAGCAGCUAUUGUUGGAUGAAGUCAGGACUCGGCUGUACACUCGUCUGAAGGAUACUGCAAGUGCAAUCGUUCAGGAGAUUAUUCAAAAAGAGAUAGCGGAAAGAGUCCGCAAGCAGCUUCGGAUGCAGAUUCCGCAAUCCAUGAGAGACGAGGUCCUCAGGUACAAGCAUCAGAUAAUGGAAGUGCAGGUCAGCUUGCGCAACUCUGAGGCCCGCCGCCACAACGCGCUAAUCAGGACGAACUCACCGGAAGAGCCCCUCCGACCUCUCCUCCGACCGCCGCCGUCGCUCGAAGAACUUUUUGCGCGCGACACCUUGCAGGCAGACGGACACCGCAAGUCGUCGGGCAUCGGAGACUCGGAUAAAAGAUCGGCGUCUGCCGCAUCUCCUAGCACGCGGCGCCAUAAAGCCUCAAGUGUGUCUUCAACGGUGCAGGGACGGCGGGCGAGGCUGUCCGCCCUGGAUCUCGACAUACCGACGCCAUCGCCUCUGUUCCCUCGCGAUCUCACCGCGCUCGCCCGGCUCAACACAGACGAGACGAGGGAGCUCAUGCGGGACUACGGGCUGGUGAAGACACGACGCGUGGCACGCCGGGUCCUCCGCAAGCGGAAGAUAAGUCUGGACGAUCCCUUCUUGGACAAACCCGAGACAACGUUCGGAGACGAGACGGAGACGGAGACGAGUGAGGUAGUCGAGCUCGUCGAAGAGGACGAGCUGCGUGACGAGACCGUGAACAGAUUUCUGCAGUUCAUCGGGGUGGGUAGUGUCGUGUCCGUACGGUCUUCGUGACCCGAGGACUGAUACCUUGCCUAGGUCACCUUCCGGAUUGCACCAGCCUUGGGCACGCCUUCGCGCACAAAGGGGCUCAUCUCGAGGAGCCCGCUGCGCCCACGGUAGGGGUACAGGGUGCCAACCUCAAUUUCGUUUGGCGUCCCCUGCAAAUUCAUGCAUACUUUUCUGUCGUUGGCUAUACGGAAUUUUUAUAUGUUGUUUCGUCUUAUUCUUGUCAUGCUUGCUGUCGUUUCAUGUGCUGUCUCUUACAUCAUCACUCGUGUCUGUAUCUCUGAAUCUAUGCUAUCGUGUAUAAG